AUGGACGACUACCAACGGAAGCCGGGGCAGAAACAGAGUCGAGUCCGGGCCAUGCUGAAGAUCCUAUUACUUUUGGUCACCACCAACGUUACCACCGCCUACUUCUUCUCCUCGCCUUCCUCAAGCGUCAAGUGGACGGACUACGCCCCCCGCUUCCCCCUCUGGGACACGGACGCCCUCCUCCGCGAGCUCAACUCCACACACGACAAGCUCGCCGCCGCACGGCAGCAGAUCGACGAGCUCAACAUUCGCCUCCAAACCUCCAAUUACCUGAUGGAGGAGCUGACCACUGAAUUCCGCAAACCCCGGCAACCGGUCGAGGUGGCGGACGACUUGAGCACCAGUCUCUCCGGUGAGCUCAAGCUGGUAGUAGAGGCCCACAAGCUCCCUCUGGGCCGCAGCGGCAAUGUCGGCUCGGAGGAACUCUUCCCCGUGCUGGGCUCCGCUUGCCGGCGCCACCAGAGGGACCUGGAGCAGUACAUGACCUACGAGGUGGGUGGCCAGUGCCCAGUCGAUGACGUAUUCGCGCAGCGACUGAUGCUGCAAGGCUGCGAGCCGCUCCCUCGCCGGCGGUGCAAACCCAAGACACCAAAGGGCUACAUCGAGCCCAGCCCACUGCCCGAUUCCUUAUGGAGCAUCCCCCCCGACAGCAGCAUCAUCUGGGAGCCUUACACCUGCAAGAACUACGGAUGUCUGGUAAACCGCAAUAAGAUGCCGGGUUUUUUCGACUGCAAGGACUGCUUCGACCUCGGGGGCCGCGAGAAGGACAGGUGGAUGUUCGAGAUCGCAAAUCUGGGCUACAGCAUCGACCAGGUGCUGGCCACGAAGCCGCAGGGGACGGUGCGGAUCGGGCUCGACCUCGGCGGCGGCAGCGGGACGUUCGCGGCUCGCAUGAGGGAGCGCAACAUCACCAUCGUCACUACCACGAUGAACUUCGACGGGCCGUUCAACAGUUUCAUCGCCUCCAGGGGAUUGAUCCCGCUUCACAUCAGCAUCUCCCAGCGGCUGCCCUUCUUCGACAACACUCUCGACAUCAUCCACUCAAUGCACGUAAUCAGCAACUGGAUUCCCGACACCAUGCUCGAGUUCGCCCUCUUCGACAUCUACCGGGUGCUCCGCCCGGGGGGCCUCUUCUGGCUUGACCACUUCUUCUGCAUCGGGUCUCAGCUCAACGCCACCUAUGUCCCCAUGUUCGACCGCAUCGGGUUCAAGAAGCUCCGGUGGAACACCGGCCGCAAGGUCGAUCGGGGCGCCGAGUUGAACGAGUGGUACUUCUCCGCGCUUCUGGAGAAGCCCAUGACGUAA